CCCAAACCAGGGGUUCUCUUUCUGCGUGAUGUUUGAGACGGUAUCCGUACCGGGAAUCCGCCUCCUGUGACCAUUGGAUUUCUACCAUCAUUAUCAUAUCCCAAGUGCUUCGAACGGCCGAUCGCGGCGGCGCUCGGCAGAUACCCAUCUCUAAGUGCAGCCCGCUAUGCCGAGUGGUGACGGGGCCUCGGCUGGCACCGCUCAACCCGUCUCGCCCUCGACGUCCUCUGCGAAUGCAAAGUCAGAACAGCCCAAACCAACAGUCGCCAUGACCAUUGAAUACGACGAAUUCGGUCUCCCUGUAAAGACAUACACGACAGCAAAACAGGAUGAAACACCGGUAACGUCUACCGCAAAGUCCGAUGGUCCUCGCCAGACGACCAAGGCCGGCGCAACCAAAGGAGCUGGACAAGCGGCGAAGCCCGCCGAAGAGACGACAGGUAACAGGCGCUCGGGGGACACAAAGAAUGGCGUUGAAGGGGGGAGUAAGCAAGGUCCUGAAGACGCGGUGCCCGCCGACGGCACCGGAAGGGCAAAUGCUUCUCGGGCGGCUGCAGCUGUGUCCGAAAGCGAGCAUGCCGCUGCCGAGACGGCCAGCCCAGCACCGAAGGACCAAGAGGCGUCUGCGGAGGCCGCGAAGGUUGAAGACCAGGCCGUGGCCGAAGCCAAGAAGUCGGAGCCAGUGACGGCCGAAGAGAGAGCCGACGCGAGCAAGAGAACGAGUGCGCUUGGGACAUCUGAAUUCUCCCACCAGCAGCUCACUGCUGCCAAGCCGGAAAAGAAGGACGAUGAUGAAGGCGAAUGGAAGCCCAUGCCGGCGUAUGCCCCGUAUGACAUCUACGACGACGACAAUAAGCUGGUCGCUAAGGAAUACGUCGAGGAGGAGGAUGAGACGUACGGCUAUUCAGGGCUUGGAGGUGCCGGCAAGGGGUAUACCAAGGUGCUGCUGGAUGACGACGCCGAGUCUGCUACGAGCAUGGAUGAGCAUACCCAGUACCUCUUCAAGGAUGGCGGCGGAACGACGACGAGCGCGUUGGACGACGACACGCAACGCGAUGCUGUGAGCCAGCUGCAGGCCACCAAGGAACUCCUGACGGAGGGUCAGAGGGUCGCCUACGUGGGGCUGACUCGGCUCGAGCUCUCGUCGAUGCUGAAGGAUGCCGAGGAUCUAGCCCAAGCCUCCUCGAAAUCGAAGAAACAGCUUACCCUGGCGGCCGAGAGCAUGAAGAUGUGGAGCCAGAAGAUGAUGAUCAGGCUUUACUCCCACAUGGACAUCAGUUCGGAUGAGCAGAUCAUGAUUGAGCAGCUGAGCUCACACGGCGUGAUGCCCAAAGACCUCACCCCCGUCCUGAUGGCCAACGCACGCGUACGGAACCCCAUGGCGGAGCAGGAUGGGAGAACAUCCGUCUCCAGCCCGAGUUCGUCGCGGCCAGCCUCGGUUGCGAGCCCAGCGGGGGGAGGCCAGGUUGCAGACCCGCCACCUCCCUACGCGGCGGAGGACGACUCGGAGCUCACGGCGCCCGUCAAGACGCCGUCACAAAUGCCCACCACCCAAAAGAUCGAUAUAGACAUCCGAUGGACCGUAUUGUGCGACCUGUUCUUGGUGCUCAUUGCAGACUCCAUAUACGACGCGAGGUCAAGGCUGUUGUUAGAAAAAGUCGCCAAGGACCUCGACAUAUCAUGGCUCGACAUUUGCCGGUUCGAGAAGAAGGUGACGGACGCGCUCGAGAUGCAGGCGAACGCAGAGACGGAGAAUUGGAAUGAAGACGAGCAUAUGGAAAACCGCCGGAAGAUGGCCCUCAAGAGGCGUUACGUAAUGAUGGGCCUUGCUACGGUGGGCGGCGGCUUGGUGAUCGGGCUGUCUGCAGGACUGCUCGCUCCCGUCAUCGGCAUGGGUCUGGCGGCCGGCUUUACGACAAUAGGCAUCGGCGGCACCAGCGGCUUCCUCGCCGGCGCUGGAGGCGCUGCCAUCAUCACCUCGAGCGCGGCCGCGUCGGGCGGCAUCAUCGGCGUGCGGGCGGCGAACAGGAGGACGGGGGCCGUCAAGACGUUUGAGUACCGGCCGCUACACAACAACAAGCGCGUGAACCUCAUCGUUACCGUCUCGGGAUGGAUGACGGGCAAGGUCGACGACGUCCGGCUGCCCUUCAGCACCGUCGAUCCGGUCAUGGGCGACCUCUACUCGGUCCUCUGGGAGCCCGAGAUGCUGACUACCAUGGGUGAUACCAUCAACAUUCUUGCGACCGAGGCUCUCACGCAAGGUCUCCAACAAGUCCUGGGUAACACCAUCCUUGUCGCUCUGAUGGCAGCCCUCCAGGUGCCCGUCGUCCUCAGCAAACUGGCCUACCUCAUCGACAACCCCUGGGCCGUCUCCCUUGACCGUGCCACCAUGGCCGGGUUAAUCUUGGCAGACUCGCUCAUCGACCGCAAUUUGGGCACCCGCCCGGUCACCCUCGUUGGCUAUUCCCUCGGAAGCCGAGUCAUCUUUUCGUGCCUCCAGGAGCUGUCCAAGAAGGGCGCGUUUGGGCUCGUGCAGAACGUCUACCUCUUCGGCAGCCCUAUUGUCGUCAAGAAGGACGAGUACUUGCGCGCCCGCUCCGUAGUGUCCGGCCGCUUCGUCAACGGGUACAACCGCAACGACUGGAUUCUCGGGUACCUGUUCAGGCUGACGAAUGGUGGCAUUCGUCGCGUUGCCGGGCUGGCUGCCAUCGAGGACAUCCCCGGAAUAGAGAAUAUGGACGUCUCUGAGUUUGUCGUCGGCCACAUGGACUACCGGAUGGCCAUGCCCCGCCUCAUGCGGGAGUGCGGCUGGCUGGUCGAGAGCGACGAGUUCACCGAGAUCGAAGACCCCGAUCCGGAAAACUAUAGGGAGCGGCAGCGCGAACUGAUAAGCGAGAUUGAGGAGGCGCGGAAAGAGCUGGAGAGGGAAGGGAAAGGAAGCAAGGGCGGCGCUUUUAGCUUUUUCAGGCGCAAGAAGCCGCCACAGAAGCAGGAGUGGGAGGUGUACGAGGACACGAAGGGCGGCAAGGGCGGUAAGACCGAAGACAAGGACGGCAACAACCACGGUGUGCUGUUCGACGUCGACGCCAUCCGCGCCGAGAUCGCCAAGGAAAAUCAGAACCGUAAAGAUGGGGGCGUCGACGAGGAGCUGCUCCAAGUCCGCGAGAUCAAGAGCACCCUGCCGCCCAUAAAACUUGACCUCAACUCAGGCCCGUCUCCACCGCCGAAGACGGCUCCGCGCCAGAGUCGCCGCGAAUCCAAGAGUGUCGAGCUCAGACCCCGUUCGUCAUCGUCGUCAAAUGACAACACACCGUCCUCGUACGGGCGGUUCUCCUCUCACGAGCCAACCCCAUCCCGAGAUCGUACAUCCACGUUCCCAGCCAGCAGAGCCGAAGGCGGCAGCAGCCUCUACCACGGGUACGGCUACGGUAACAACCCUAGCCUAUAUCACGACUACAACGAAGACGACGACGGGAUACGGAUGUUUGAUACCAGUUUUGACGGCGAACAACGUGGCCAGAAGCCGGCAUCACCGCCCUCUACUUCGACGGGCGCGUGGGGUGUUCCACCGGUUCCAUCCUCGUCAGGCAGUGGUUUCCUCGAUGGUGACGAUGGAACCCCGGCUCGGCCUGAGUUCAGGUCGGUUCAAACGGUACCCAAUAUCACGCUUGCGGAUCCUUGGGCGGACGAUGACGAGGAGUUUGGGAAAGAGAAGGAGAUCCAAAUGACUUUUGCUUAGGCUCACGAACUUGGCGGGAAGUACUCGGGUCCAUGAAUGAUGAUGAGUGGGGACGAGGGGAGUCAAAGACGGGACGAGCGAAUCGGCGGAUAAGCUUAACGGGUCGAUGGGUAACGCUUGAAUUGCAUUUGGGUGGGCAAUCUAGGGGAUCUUGCAUAAGCACAGUUCGGCUGGG